AUGGCAAGAGCUAGAAGAGGGGCUUUAGUUCAAUGCGAUCCUUCGAUCAAAGCUUUAAUAAUUCAAAUGGACAGUGAACAUAAUGAUAUAAUAUUAGAGGAGUUGGAUGAUACUCAUUUGUUAGUUGAUCCUACGAAAAUUGAAUAUAUUAAGCAUGAGUUGAAUAGGAUGUUGUCCAAGAAUAUAUACAAUCCUAUGGAUGAAGAAGAGAACCAGUGA